AUGGGAGCAGCUCUAUCGCGCCGCCUAGCAACCACCGUGUGCGCCUCGCCGCCGGCGCUCCCCAACGAGCUCAUCGAAGAGAUCCUUUUCCGCCUCCCGCCCGACGACCCGGCCUGCCUCCUCCACGCCUCCCUCAUCUGCAAGGCCUGGAGCCACACCGCCUCCCGCCCUGGAUUCCGACGUCGCCUCCACAAGCACCACGGGGCAGCCCCCGUGCUCGGCUUCCUCCACGACUGGAACGACGAGCGCAUCCCCCACUUCGUCCCCACCGCCGCCCCCUCCUUCUCCCUGGCCGCGCCGGACUGGCGCUCCUGGCGGGCCAUCGACUGCCGCCAUGGCCGCGCCCUCUUCCGCUCCAAGGACUCCUGGGAGCUCCUCGUGUGGGAGCCAAUCACGGGCGCCCAGCAGCGCCUAGCGCUGCCCCCGGCGUUUGAGAUCUUCUCGCCGGGCUAUGCCGUCUUCUGCGCGGCCGAUGGGUGCGACCACCGCGACUGCCUCGGGGGCCCUUUCGGCGUGGCCUUCGUCUUCUGCAUCGAGGACGAAGAUGCUGACGACGAGAAGUAUGUCACGUCGGUGCGCGUAUACUCGUCGGAGCAUGGAACCUGGGGCCAACUGAUCUCGAUGCGCAGCGAGUUCAUGAUAAGCUUUGAAAAUUCUUCCAGCGGCUUGCUCAUUGGGAGAUCCCUGCUCUACUUCUUGUCCGACGGUGGGUCGAUCCUGGAGUGCGAUUUAGCAAGGCAUGGCUUGACUGAGUUUGACGCACCAAACCACGAGUCUGGUAGCAAUGCAGAGAGAUUUACUCUCAUGGUGUCCGAGGACGGUGGACUGGGUCUUUGUGAAGAACUGGAUGUGCGUCUCAAACUGUGGACAAGGGAGGUGAGUGACCGCACUGAUGCACGAUGGGUACUGAACCGGGUAAUCCACUUGCAUAAUUUGCUCCCAAAAGGUACUCGGGUGAAUGCAGAAACUAGACCGAUCGUGUUGGGGUUUGCCGAGGGAGCGAAUGUCAUUUUCGCUAACACGUUUUCUGGGCUCUUCACAAUCGAGCUACAGUCGGACCGGGUGAAGAAGGUGUGUCAUAAUCGUCGCUCCUGUAAUUUGAUUCCAAUUGUCAGCUUCUACACUCCUGUGGACCGUGGCGAAUACCAGGAUCUGCUAUCGUCGAUCCCUAGUCAGGAGGUAGGUGAUGUGGAGGGGGGAGAGGAGGUGAAAACAGAAGAUGAGGCACAUCAACUGCUUGACAAGGGGUCCAAUACUAUGAAGGAGUGGUGCUUUGUCGACACCUUUGAACGUCUCAGCCAUGACCUCAAUACCAGGGUUCCAUGUCAAGGAGAAGGUGCUCCAGAGGGUUCUAGCGCACUCAACACACAUGGAUGUGCCUUGCUAUCCAAAGAUUCUUUUGGCGAUGUUCCCAAGAGUUCACCAAAUGAAGAAUUGGUGAAGGGUACAACCAACAUAGAUGAUGAUGGUAGCUCGAUGAUCUUAUGCAGCAAUGUUGAGGGCGCUUCACCUUCGGAGAAAGAUCUGAAAGAGCAAAUUCCGAAACAAAAGCAAGAGGAGGAGAGGAAGGGUCAACACAAAGAAAAGAAGUGA